GAGAAGCCGGCGCGGAGCCUCGCCUCGCCUCGCCUCACAGCCCCUCCGCCGCCACCGCCUCGCCCGUCCCUGGCCGCCGGAGCUACCGGCGGCCGCCCGUCCUCAUGAUGGCCUCAACCACCACCUGCACCCGCUUCACCGACGAGUACCAGCUCUUCGAGGAGCUCGGGAAAGGGGCGUUCUCCGUCGUGAGGAGAUGCAUGAAAAUCACCACCGGACAGGAAUACGCCGCCAAAAUCAUCAACACCAAAAAGCUCUCGGCUAGGGAUCACCAGAAACUGGAAAGAGAAGCUAGAAUCUGUCGCCUCUUGAAGCAUCCCAAUAUUGUGCGGCUUCAUGACAGCAUAUCAGAAGAAGGAUUCCAUUACUUAGUCUUUGACUUAGUCACUGGAGGUGAAUUGUUUGAAGAUAUAGUUGCAAGAGAAUAUUAUAGUGAAGCAGAUGCCAGUCAUUGCAUUCAGCAGAUCCUGGAGGCCGUGCUGCACUGCCAUCAGAUGGGCGUUGUCCAUCGCGACCUCAAGCCUGAGAACUUACUUUUAGCUAGCAAAUCCAAGGGAGCAGCAGUAAAACUGGCAGACUUUGGGUUGGCUAUAGAAGUCCAAGGAGAACAACAGGCUUGGUUUGGCUUUGCUGGCACGCCAGGAUACCUUUCUCCGGAGGUAUUACGAAAAGAUCCUUAUGGAAAACCUGUGGAUAUGUGGGCAUGUGGUGUCAUUCUGUACAUCCUCCUGGUGGGAUAUCCUCCUUUCUGGGAUGAAGACCAGCACAGGCUUUACCAGCAGAUCAAGGCUGGUGCUUAUGAUUUUCCCUCACCAGAAUGGGAUACAGUGACUCCUGAAGCAAAAGACCUUAUCAAUAAAAUGCUCACCAUCAAUCCAGCAAAACGUAUCACAGCAUCAGAAGCACUAAAGCACCCAUGGAUCUGUCAACGUUCUACUGUUGCCUCUAUGAUGCACAGACAAGAGACUGUAGAUUGCUUGAAGAAAUUCAAUGCAAGAAGAAAACUAAAGGGGGCCAUUUUGACAACUAUGCUGGCUACCAGAAAUUUCUCAGCAGCCAAGAGUUUACUGAAAAAGCCGGAUGGAGUUAAGAAAAGGAAGUCCAGUUCGAGUGUUCAGAUGAUGAUAAACAACAAAACCAACGUGGUAACCAGCCCCAAGGAAAAUAUUCCUACCCCGGCGCUGGAGCCCCAAACUACAGUAAUCCACAACCCUGAUGGAAAUAAGGAAUCAACAGAGAGUUCCAACACCACCAUUGAAGAUGAGGAUGUGAAAGCUCGUAAGCAGGAGAUUAUCAAGGUGACUGAGCAGCUGAUCGAAGCUAUCAACAACGGGGACUUUGAAGCUUACACGAAAAUCUGUGAUCCAGGCCUUACAUCUUUUGAACCUGAAGCUUUGGGUAAUCUAGUAGAAGGGAUGGACUUUCACCGGUUUUACUUCGAAAACGCUUUAUCCAAAAGCAAUAAGCCGAUCCACACCAUUAUCCUCAACCCUCACGUGCACCUGGUGGGCGAGGACGCGGCCUGCAUCGCCUACAUCCGCCUGACGCAGUACAUGGAUGGCAGCGGGAUGCCCAAGACCAUGCAGUCCGAGGAGACGCGCGUCUGGCACCGUCGGGAUGGGAAGUGGCAGAACGUUCAUUUUCACCGUUCAGGGUCACCCACAGUACCCAUCAAUGCCUAGUACAGCGGGAUCCCCAUCACCGCUCCAGCCUCUAGAUGCUACGGUAAUACAACCCAUCAGCUGAGUUAGUUAACUACUUGCUUACAUCUUCCUUUUCUUUCAUUUUCUCCUUGCGUGCAGUUCUAGCAUGUCUUGCAUGUAAAUGACACCUGACUCUUCCUUGUUACCAAGUUCACUUUUUAUACGGGAAUCUCAGGCCAUGGCAAUGUCCGUAACGUACUUGCCAAGGAAGUAGUAGUUCAGUUCAGAGAUUCACAUCUGAAUUCUGCCCUGUCUCCUUUAAGACAUCAGUUAAGGCACUUUGGCUUCCUGCCUCAGUUUCCUUUUUUAUUUUAACAGCCUCUCUGGCAUGUUGUAAAGAUGGAAAAUGUCUGUAAAGUGGUUUGAAAAAUAAAAGAAUGCUUUGCCUGAGCGUUUGGGUUCCCCCCCCCGCCUUGGUUUCCUUCACAAUAUUGUUUAACUGAUCUUGAAAAUAUUUUCACUUUUUUUAAUAGUUUUGGCUAACACUUGAGCAUGUAUUGUUAUCUGGUGGUUAUAUUACUUCAGUAAUGGCAAUUUGUUGUUUGUUUUUUUUUCUCCUUCCUCCUAGCUAAAAAAUAUCAGCGGUGCCGCUCUUGCAUUUUCUGUACCCAACGCACCUGGUUGAUUACCAUCUUGGCCAUCCCAUUCUCUUCAUGCAUGUUUCUGAGUGCAUGAAGUUGUGAAGGUUCUUCAUGUAACACAUUUGUGAUGCACCAUGUUGCUGUGUAUUCCAUCUGUACACUGUUAACAUUUCGAUGAAGGUGAUGUUCCAUGCAAAUAGAGAAUAAGGCAAAAAAGACCAAAAAAAUAGUUCAUGGACAGCAGUAGAUACAGAAUACAUUUGUCACUUUCUCCAUUUAUGCCAAGUUUUGACAGACAACUUAAAAAACUAUCCUGUUUAUUAAAAAAAAAAAUAAAUAAAAGAAAAAAAGGAAAAAAACCUACAUUUUACCCUCUUUUUUUAAGAACUGGAUUUUGAUUCCUCCUUUUUCACCCCCCUAAGUCCCAGGAUUUUGGUUUGAUUCUGGUAGGAAUGGUUAGGAUUUCUGCUGGCAGCUCUGUUGCUGUACAAGAGAUUUUUAUUACAGCAUGUAGAUGGACAAAAUCACUGAUAAAUGUGGAAGAGAUAACAUCUUGGUUUCGUAUCAGCUGAAGCCUCCUUAGUUUAUUAGUCCAUGUAAACUGGAAAAAACUUAACAUUUGCUGGCUUGGGCACUGCAGAAUUAACUGCCAUUAUUAUGGUGAGCCAGCAGCUGCUUUUUUUCUGUUGAGUUUUUACCUUUGCUUUAUUUUGUUAAUUGAAAAUUUAAAUUGGAUGAUUAAGCAAAAUUAAAAAUCAUAAGUCAUAAGUGACAAUUGAGGGGCAGUUUUUGAAGAUUCAAAAGCAAGAACAGAGAAUGAUUUCUUUAUUGCUGUUGGUGUGUACUGUACAUUUUUUAAGGAGGCUUUAAAAAAAUAGAAAGUUCUGGUUAAGCUAUCAACCAGUUGUGUGGUUAAUAGACUUGAGAAAUAUUAGGCCUUAAAAGCUUAGUAUGAAGAGUCUAUGUACUUCACACUGCUGCUGCUGUUGCUUCUCUGGAAAUGUGUUUGGGAUACACUAGUUUUCUAGUAAGGCUCUUAACACUUGUUCACGGAUUUAUUUCGCCCCCCUCAACCAGUCUUGGUUUUUGUAAAUCCUCACACAGCCAGUAGGAUCAAGGACAACCACCCUGGCAGCAUCACCUGCUUGGUUGGUUCCCAGACACUGCAUGGGAAACACUGUGUCACUUCAGAACACAAACCUUGUCACAGGGACUAGUUUUGCCUCCUUUGUGUUGCUGUGAAAACACAUCCUUGCAAGCAUUUAGGUUUCUCCCCUUCCAUUUUUAACAGGAAAAUACAGGGAUGGGUUAUUUCUUUUCCAUGUGUUAAUUGUUCUAUUACCAACAGGGCUAACUGUUUUCUGCAGUGCUGUAUAGUGCAUGAGAUCUCAGUGUCCUUCUUAGCAGCUGAAAAUUUACAACUCAGCAGCCUGAAGUUUUUUAAAUGGGAAAAGCUUCCUAAUUUGUAUCAUGUCACCUUUCUGUGCUGAUUACUAAUCAAAAGCAGUUCUUAAACAUUUUGAUGUUGUUAUUAGUGGAUAUAUGGUAGAUGGAUUUAAGCUUCUCUGAUAAUUACUACAUGAUUUUAAACAAUAUAUAUUUAAAAUAAGCAUCUACAAUAAAUGUGUUGAGCCAUAUUAACCUGCCAAUGGGAUCUGUGAAAAAAAAAGUAAUGGCCUCAUUUUUUCUCUGAUUAAUUUCUUUACUUUUUUUGGUGAAGCGGCUAUAAGUGGCAUAACUGUAUUUAAAAUUAACAACUUAUGUGUAGGGUGGUUUUUUUUAUACUUCUAACAUAGCAUGUGGUGUUGACGUAUUACUGUAGACCAAGUUUGUCUUCCACACCAAGACGUGAGGAAAUUGUGAUUUGUUCUCUCCACCACAAUGGAAUUACACACUUCUGUCGUUUCGGAACACUGCAGUUUACCAUGGGACACAGUGUACAUAUUUCUUGCCAUAAUGGUAAAUGAUUGAUAUAUUUAAGGAUUAAUAAAUUUGUGAUUUCUGCUGA